AUGGCAGAAUCGGAUUCUACUGACUUUGACCUGCUGUGGUAUCUAGAGAAUCUCAGUGACAAGGAAUUUCAGAGUUUUAAGAAGUAUCUGGCACGCAAGAUUCUUGAUUUCAAACUGCCACAGGUUCCACUGAUACAGUUGACAAAAGAAGAACUGGCUAACGUGUUGCCAAUCUCUUAUGAGGGACAGUAUAUAUGGAAUAUGCUCUUCAGCAUAUUUUUAAUGAUGCGUAAGGAAGAUCUUUGUAGGAAGAUCAUUGGCAGACGAAACCGCAAUCAGGAGGCAUGCAAAGCUGUCUUGAGGAGAAAAUUCAUACUGCAAUGGGAACGUCACACUUUUGGAAAAUUUCAUUAUAAAUUUUUUUGUGACAUUACGUCAGAUGUGUUCUACAUACUUCAAUUAGCCUAUGAUUCUACCAGCUGUUAUUCAGCAAACGAUCUCAAUGUGUUCCUGAUGGGAGAUAGAGCAUCUGGAAAAACUAUGGUUGUAAAUCUGGCUGUGUUGAGGUGGAUCAAUGGUGAGAUAUGGCAGAACAUGAUCUCGUACGUCGUUCACCUCACUUCUCAAGAAAUAAACCAAAUGACCGACAGCAGCUUGGCUGAGCUAAUCGCCAAGGACUGGCCUGACCGCCAGGCUCCCAUUGCAGACAUCCUGUCUGAUCCCAAGAAACUCCUUUUCAUCCUCGAGGACUUGGACAACAUAAGAUUCGAGUUAAAUGUCAAUGACAGUGCUUUGUGUAGUAACAGCACCCAGAAAGUUCCCAUUCCAAUUCUCCUGGUCAGUUUGCUGAAGAGAAAAAUGGCUCCGGGCUGCUGGUUCCUCAUCUCCUCAAGGCCCACACGUGGGAAUAAUAUAAAAAUGUUCUUGAAAGAGGCAGAUUGCUACACGACCUUGCAGCUGUCGAAUGAGAAGAGGGAGAUAUAUUUUAACUCUUUCUUUAAAGACCGCCAGAGAGCAUCGGCAGCCCUCAGGCAUGUACAUGAGGAUGAAAUACUCGUGGGUCUGUGCCGAGUCACCAUCUUAUGCUGGAUCACGUGUACUGUCCUGAAUCGGCAGAUGGACAAGGGGCGUGACUUCCAACUCUGCUGCCAAACACCCACUGAUCUACACGCCCACUUUCUUGCUGAUGCAUUGACAUCAGAGGCUGGACUUACUGCCAAUCAGUAUCACCUAGGUCUCCUAAAACGUCUGUGUUUGCUGGCUGCAGGAGGACUGUUUCUGAGCACCCUGAAUUUCAGUGGUGAAGACCUCAGAUGUGUUGGGUUUACUGAGGCUGAUGUCUCUGUGUUGCAGGCCGCGAAUAUUCUUUUGCCGAGCAGCACUCAUAAAGACCGUUACAAGUUCAUACACUUGAACGUCCAGGAGUUUUGUGCAGCCAUUGCAUUUCUGAUGGCAGUACCCAACUGUCUGAUCCCCUCAGGCAGCAGAGCGUAUAAAGAGAAGAGAGAACAAUACUCUGACUUUAAUCAAGUGUUUACUUUCAUUUUUGGUCUUCUAAAUGCAAACAGGAGAAAGAUUCUUGAGACAUCCUUUGGCUGCCAGCUACCGAUGGUAGACAGCUUCAAGUGGUACUCGGUGGGAUACAUGAAACUUUCGGGCCCAGACCGGGAAAAGUUGAGGCACCAUAUGCCUUUGUUUUACUGUCUCUAUGAGAAUCGGGAAGAAGAAUUUGUGAAGAAGAUUGUGGACGCUCUCGAGGAGGUUACAGUUUACCUUCAAUCAGACAAGGAUAUGAUGGUCUCAUUAUACUGUCUGGAGUACUGCUGUCACCUGAGGACACUUAAGUUGAGUGUUCAGCGCAUCUUUCAAAACAAAGAGCCACUUGUAAGGCCAACUGCUAGUCAAAUGAAGAGCCUUGUCUACUGGAGAGAGAUCUGCUCUCUUUUUUAUACAAUGGAGACCCUCCGGGAACUGCAUAUCUUUGACAAUGACCUUAAUGAUAUUUCAGAAAGGAUUCUGUCUAAAGCCCUGAAGCAUUCUAGCUGUAAACUUCGCACACUCAAGUUGUCCUAUGUCUCGACUGCUUCUGGUUUUGAAGACUUACUCAAGGCUUUGGCUCGUAACCGGAGCCUGACAUACCUGAGUCUCAACUGUACGUCCAUUUCCCUAAAUAUGUUUUCACUUCUGCAUGACAUCCUGGACGAGCCCACAUGCCAAAUAAGUCAUCUGGGCUUGAUGAAAUGUGAUUUGCAAGCCAGCGAAUGUGAAGAAAUCGCCUCUCUCCUCAUCAACGGUGGGAGUCUGAGAAAACUGACCUUAUCCAACAAUCCGCUGAGGAGCGACGGGGUGAACAUACUGUGCGAUGCCUUGCUUCAUCCCAACUGCACUCUUAUAUCACUGGUGUUAGUCUUGUGCUGUCUCACUGAAAAUUGCUGCAGCGCCCUUGGAAGAGUGCUUCUGUUCAGCCCAAAUCUAAAACAACUAGACCUGUGUGUGAAUCACUUAAAAAAUUACGGAGUGUUGCAUGUGACAUUUCCCUUGAUAUUUCCAACCUGUCAGUUGGAGGAGCUGCAUCUGUCUGGCUGUUUCUUUAGCAGCGAUAUCUGUCAAUAUAUUGCAAUAGUUAUUGCUACUAAUGAAAAACUGAGGAGCCUGGAGAUUGGGAGCAACAGCAUAGAAGAUGCAGGAAUGCAGCUGCUAUGUGGUGGUUUGAGACAUCCCAACUGCAUGUUGGUGAAUAUUGGGCUAGAAGAAUGCAGGUUAACCAGUGCCUGCUGUCGAUCUCUUGCCUCUGUUCUUACCACCAACAAAACACUAGAAAGACUCAACUUGCUUCAAAAUCACUUGGGCAAUGAAGGAGUUGCAAAACUUCUUGAGAGCUUGAUCCGCCCAGAUUGUGCACUUAAGGUAGUUGGGCUUCCAUUAACUGGCCUGAGCACAGAAACCCAGCGGUUGCUGAUGACUGUAAAGGAAAGAAAACCCAGUUUGAUCUUUCUGUCUGAAACUUGGUCUUUAAAGGAAGGCAGAGAAAUUGGUGUGACACCUGCUUCUCAGCCAGGUUCAAUAAUACCUAAUUCUAAUUUGGAUUACAUGUUUUUCAAAUUUCCCAGAAUGUCUGCAGCCAUGAGAACGUCAAAUACAGCAUCUAGGCAACCCCUUUGAUCAUGUUCUACAUAAACAAUAUUUGUUAUAAAUUACUACUAUGACUGGAAUGCAAGAGAAUUAGGACUAUAAUUUUCUUAUUUGAUAUGUGUGUGUGUGUGUGUGUGCACGCGUGUGACCUUGAUCCAGUCAACAACUUCUUAGAAUUGCUAUACUGUCUCAAGAGUAUUAAAAGGAUUAUAUGAAGUAAUAAAAGAUAAAAUGCAUUAG